UGGACCGCUCGACUAGAAGACGAAGGGGGCGUCUCCCCAGCUUCUGCGGCGUCGGUGGCGAGCUAAGGUGGAGGGAGGCUGCGGCAGCGACGGCGACAGUGGCGGCAGCACCAUGGAGGGGCUCGCAGGAUCCUUGCUGCUUUGGUGAUCCCAGGCUGACAGCCAGAGAGCACAGCGGCUCAGCUCCUGGAGAGAGAGUCGAAGAAAACGGAGGGCAGCCACCUGUGCCUGCUGGCUCCCAUUAGGUCGGUUCCUGCAGCGGUGCCUGGCAGCCUUGGCGAAGGCCCUGCCCGGCAGAGAUCAUGUAUUGCCUCCAGUGGCUGCUGCCCGUCCUCCUCAUCCCCAAGCCCCUCAACCCCGCUCUGUGGUUCAGCCACUCCAUGUUCAUGGGCUUCUACCUGCUCAGCUUCCUUCUGGAACGGAAACCUUGCACAAUAUGUGCUUUGGUUUUCCUGGCAGCCCUCUUCCUUAUCUGCUACAGCUGCUGGGGGAAUUGUUUCCUGUACCACUGCUCCGACUCUCCACUUCCAGAAUCCGCCCAUGAUCCCGGUGUUGUGGGCACCUAACAGCUGCCCACAUAGCUUUCCGAGGAAGCAGAAGAUGGGAGGGGAGGUACUGACAUAGGUCAUAAAGCAUUGGAGUUUCAAAUCCCGCGAGCCUGCGGGUGCCACAUUCCUGAUGAAGCCUUUUGGCCUGUGAUGUUUUAUCCUUACAAUGUGAAUAAUGGCACUGACUGGUGCUUCUGUUGUAGCGUCUUAUAGUCGUGGGUGGUCUUAUGGUUGUGUGUUCUGUCACCAUCUGGGGCCCGGAUGAUGGACUGGCCCACCCCCUUGCUCAUCGUUGUGGGGAGCCUACACCCAUCCUGGUCAAUCACCCUUGGUAUGACCUGGGCAGAGACAAUGCUAGUCUCAUUGUCACCUCCAUGAGCCUUCCUCAUCAGGAUCUUCCUCAUCAGGAUCUUCCUCAUCAGGAUCUUCCUUCUCCCCUCCUCAGCCCCUUUUCCUGGUUCCCCCUUGGUUCUCUCCCACCCCUUUCCUUUUGGGGGAGCACCUGUCCAAGACAGGGCUUGUUUUUGCACUUAUCUCAAAUUUGAAGAGAUUGCUGACGCCCAAGAGCCUCGCUUUUUCAUCCUCUUUCCCUGUCGAGCAGGUGAGACGAAAUCAUGUCUCAACUGCUUGUUGUCCACAAACCUCCAGUAUUUUCUCUGCCUUGUUUUUAAGAGAGAAGCAAUGGAGAGACAUUGUUCUUUGACUUGGGUGUCUGGGCUCUGGCUUUCCAGCUCAGCCUCUCUCCCUUUGCUCUUCCUCCUGCCUCUCUCAGCCAUCCUAAGGGGCCGCCUCUGGGCUCCAGUGCAUGCUUUUCAGGAGAGAGGUGUGCAGUGUUCUUGUAGACCCAGUGGUCCCCAGCUGAGUGAACGGGAAAGUAUUAUGUGUUUCAUAGCAGCCAUGAUUCCCUUGAUAGGUGUUUGGGUAGUUUUUGAUGUGCUCUGUGUAUGUGUGCACGCAUUCGUGUGAGAAUGUGUGUUUGUGUGUG